AUGACUAGUAUUGAGCCUCGUUGGUUACGUAAAAAGAAAAUACUACUAUAUUGUACGUAUCUACCUAAAUUGAAGAAGAAUCAAUUGAUUCAAAUUUGUAAUCGAUUCGAUAUCGAAAAUUCAUCUUUAAAAAAUGACUUAAUCUAUAGACUAAACAACCAUAUUCAAUCAAAUAUCGGCUCUUCUCUUUUAAGUAAAGAUGCGAUAGAUUUCAUGCUUUAUCAAUUAAAAAAAAUUGUUCCUGAGAACGUUCAAUAUCGAAUAGACAAUUUGACUACUGAAUCUCUUUUAUUAAUUUCGUCUUCAUCUCCAUCUCUAUCUCCAUCUCCAUCUUAUUCUAAAACUGCUAAUUAUAAUCACAAUAAUAAUAAUAAUGACAAAUCGGUUCCUCUUCUAAAAUCCGAGGAAAUUAGAAAAAGAAAUUCAAGAUGCUUAGAUCAUAAAAAGAUAAUCUCUUCUCAAACAAAACAUCCUUCAAAAAGCAACAAUAUCAUAAUCAACAACCACAAUAAUAAAAUAUCUUAUUCUUUUCCUGAAUUAUCAUUCUAUCCAAGGAUCAAAUUAUUGGAUCAGCCUUAUAUAUCUCCAAUCACAAAUAAGAAAUUGAAGAAAAAAUUUAAUAUUGAAUUGAAUCAACAACAAUACAAGGGUAUUCAAAGUAAUGAAUAUAAGAUUUUCUUUUUUUGUGGUGCUAUUCCAAUAAAUAUCGAUAUAGACAGCGACAGUGAUGAUGAUAGUAAUAGUAGCAGUAAUAGCGACAAUGAGAAACAUGAAGUUAUUCAAAUAAGUUUCCCUCAAACGUAUCAAUUGAUCAAUAUGAGAAAUGGGAUCUCUUUAGAAAAAUAUGCUACUACAAACAGUAAGAAAAGUCAAAAGUAUAAACCUAUCGAUAUCACAAGCCUCCUAUCAAAUGAACAACGUAUGGGCCAAACACCAUUACAAUUUUCUUUCCAUUUUGUUCCCUCCAUGGAAUAUUAUAUGUCUAUCUAUCUUGUUCGUGCAAUCAAAACAGAUGAAUUAGUUUACAAUAUCACUCAACAUACAAAGAUCUUAAGGAAUGCAACACUAUACUAUCUAGCUAAAAGCCAAGAUACUGAAUUCGGUCUGCAGACCACGUCACUAACACUAUCACUGGAAUGUCCAAUAUCUGGUUCUAAGAUAACCACUCCAAUUAAAUCUACUAAGUGUUCCCAUAUAGAAUGUUUCGAUGCCUUUUGGUAUUUGGAGUCCCAGAGACAAAUUGAGAAUGGUCGUUGUCCAAUUUGUUCAAAAUUUAUUAAAUUUGAUGAUCUUUCUGUAUCUGAAUUUAUUGAAGAAAUAUUAGAACAAAUUCCCACGCGUUGUCGUCGGGUUCAGUUAUCAAAUGAUGGCUCGUGGGAACCAAUCAUUGAUUCAGACGAUACAGAUGAAUCAGAACUUGAGGAUGAAGAUAAUUUAGCAACGUCAAUCACGGUGAAAAGACAAAAAACUUCUUCUGAAUUAGAAUUUACUCCCCUAAGUACUAAGAUGAGCAGCAAUAUAACAUUCACCAAUGAUAGUGAAAAUGAAAAUGCAGACAAUGACAAAAGAAAUUUUUCUCCAUUAGUGCUUGGAAGAGUACCUAACAUAUUAGGGAGUACACCAUUAAAUAAAAACAAUUACAAGGGACUUCCGACAACAAAAACGUAUCAUAAUCUUGCUGCCAUUGGUUCAUCUUUGGAUGACGAUAUUAGUUUAAUUGAAGAUUCAUCAUCUAUUCUUAUUAAUGAAUCCAAUAUCACUCCUAUUCGUUCACAAAGUAAAGAUUACAAUUCUUCAAGAACAUUUAAUAAUACAGACAGCAUAUUGGAAAAUAGUAUCGAUAAGUCAAUGGCAACAUCCAACUAUAGUGGAUCAUCAGUGAUACAUAAAAAUAUUGGAAAAUCUACCGAUUUUAAUAACGAUAGUAAUACAAAUAUAUUAAGAAACUUUUCCAUAUCUUAUAUGUCAAUGCCAACAGAACCACCAAGACUUCCUGAUUUACCAAGUUUACCGUUGAAAUUUACUGAUCAACCUAUACAAGAUCAUACUAGCAUAUCGAAACAGCCUACAAAAAAACCAAUUUUUGUUCCAUUUAAUUCUAAAUCUAAUGAAAGGAAUGAUAGUGCAGUACCGCAGAAGAGACAGCUCUCCGAAGGCAACAUAUCAGAAUAA